CCUGGACUGACACUAGUUCCUGGCUUUGUCUGAUUCACACUCCCGAGGAGACACAUGCACUUCAGAAACAUGAUAUGCUAGGCAUAAAAGGGAGCAAACAUCAGAUACAGCAGGAUCCAGCUAAAUCGCGGCUUUCAGUAAUAUCCAAUUCCAUUGGUGCUGAAAGUUGGAUCUAAUGAAGUCUGAGAUUUUGCUAACUGCACAUGACAAGAUCAUAAAAAGAGCCCUAAGCAUUUGAGAGCAAAGCAAACAUAGAGGCCAUUUUCCCUGACCUGUAGAAGAGUUCACAAUGGAGACUUCAGUCACUACAGAGCCCUACUACAACACAGACACCAAGAAUGACUUCUUUUCUGGACGCUUAUGUGUGAGCAUGGACGUGCGGGCAUUUGGGAUCACAGUGCUGACCCCCCUGUACUCCCUGGUGUUCAUCAUUGGUGUGAUAGGCAAUGUCCUAGUGGUUCUGGUGCUGACACAGCACAGGAGGCUUCAAAGUAUGACCAGCAUCUACCUAUUCAACCUGGCUAUCUCUGAUCUAGUCUUCCUCUUUGCAUUACCUUUCUGGAUUGACUAUAUAAUAAAAGGAGACUGGAUUUUUGGUGAUGCCAUGUGUAAGUUCCUCUCUGCAUUUUAUUACCUGGGCUUGUACAGUGACAUGUUUUUCAUCACCCUGCUUACAAUUGAUAGGUAUCUAGCCGUCGUCCAUGCUGUGUUUGCCUUGCGGGCCCGAACCGUCACUUUUGGCAUCAUUACCAGCGUCAUCACCUGGGUCCUGGCCAUCUUGGCUUCCAUUCCUUGUCUGUGUUUUUUCAAGGCCCAGUUGGAGUUCACUUACAAUACCUGCAGAGCAGAUUUGCCCAAGGAAAGCCUAAAUUAUUUUUUGAGGUUUCAGGCUGUAACAAUGAACCUCCUUGGACUAAUUUUACCUCUCUUCGCCAUGAUUAUCUGCUACACAAGGAUCAUCAAUGUUCUACAUAGAAGACCCAAUAAGAAGAAGGCCAAAGCUAUGCGUCUGAUUUUUGUUAUCACGCUUCUCUUCUUCCUCCUCUGGACCCCUUACUAUCUGGCUGCAUUUGCUUCUGCUUUUGAAGACUUCCUAUUCACCAGUGGGUGCGAGAGAAGCCAACAGUUGGACCUGGCCUUGAUGGUAACUGAGGCUAUUGCCUACACCCACUGCUGCGUCAACCCAUUCAUUUAUGUCUUUGUGGGUAAGCGGUUCAGGAAGUACCUCCGGCAGCUGUUUCAGAGGCAUACAGCUAAUCCCCUGGCAAAAUGGCUGCCCUUCUUCUCUGUGGACCGAACCCAGGGGGCCAGUUCCGUGUCUCCAUCCACAGGGGAGAAUGAGCACUCUGCUGGUAUCUAAUUCAAAUUCCUGGAUGCCAACCAAGAUCCAAGAAAGAGUGAAAAAAUAGCGACUCUUCAAAAUAGAUACUGACUGAAGACUCGUUGUCUUGUAGACCAGUGGGACCUUGCAGGUAGCUUAGAUAGAAGUCAACUCUUUAAUGUUUGUCGCUAUGUUCUUCCUGUCAGAAAGGAGAUGUAUGAACAAAUUGUGACAUUCCAAAGACCAGGUCAAUAGGUUUCAGGGAAGGGCUUAGAUACAAUAAGAGGUAGCAUUUGUGGUCAAUAGGACUGUCAAAUAAAGUGAACCCUACAAUAAUUGUGGAACCAGUUAAGUCUAUGAUUGUGUGUGCUCUGAACCUAGAAGUCAAUGGCAGAUCACAGAUGCCUUCUCUGCUGCACCCUCACUGCAGGGCCUGAACUCUUGAAAACCCCUAAAUUUAAGAUCUAUUGUGGCACUGCUUUAUCAUUUGGGUAGUAAAGUCAUUAGAGAGAGAUUUAUACUUGUUAAAUUAUAUUCUUCUCCCUAAGGGAAGUGGCCUCUUAGUAUAUAAUAUAGCAUAAUAUAACUAAUAUAAUAUAUGUAGUGUUUGUUAACCUUAGAGAUGUUAGCCUAAUCCUGCUGGUUCUAGAAAAAUAAUUACUAGUGCAUUGUCUUUGGUUAACAGCAUGACUAAUAUGUACAGAGUGUGAGAAGCAUCUGGAAUAAUUUUACCAUGCUUGACCAUGGAACUUAGUUCACCUAGUGGUUCCAUUUUCAGCUGCUGCCACCUGCUUCUCACAGGAGAACUUACUUGGUUUGAUAAUUCCAUUUACUACUCUUCUCUCAUGAUGGAAAAAAGAUAGACUUUUGUUUUGUAAUGCUUUAUUCAUCACAAAUGACUUCUAUCAACUUAUUACUUCAUUGAUCUUAUACCUUGUUAAAUAGAAAUCCCUAAUUUGGGGGGGGGGUUGUUUUAUUGGUUGGUUUUUGGGUUUUAGAAGAGGGUGUUUCUGUUUGGUUGACUUGUUGGUUAGUUUGGGUUUUCAAGACAGGCUUUCUCUAGGUAGCCUUGGCUGUCCUUAAACAUGCUCAGUAGAAUAUGAGUUCGCUGGUCUCAAACUCAUAGAGAUCCACUUGCCUCUGUCUCUCAAUUGUUGGAAUUUAAGG